CGCAAUAAGAGCAUGGUUGACAUGUAAAGCAGACAUGUACAGCUUGGCUUUCGCUCUGUGGAUAUAGUUACUGGGAGAUGCAAUACAAAUACCAGAUUACCUAUUGAAGAGCAAUAUCUUCUCGAGAGGCGAACUGAUGGAAAGUAAAGAAAACAUCAAUCAGUACCGACAGAGGCUGGACAAGACACUGGCAUCUCAUGAUCUUGUCAAUGAGGAAGCACUUAAGACCCUUGUUAAGAAUCAAAUGAUGUGGUCAUCACAGUGUGAAGUUGAAGAAUGUACUGAUAAUCUAAUAGAAAAAAGAACAAAUGAAGUAUCCAAUUUUCUUCAGAUGUUGAGGUGUGCUUCCGUGGUUGAUUAUGAUGGAUCAAAAACGAAAGAGACUUGUCAAAGAGGUUGGAAAGUGAAGCAGGAUACUGAAGAGUAUCGUGUCAUGUAUAGAGAAGGACCACAAGGCACUCCCUUUCAUACGCUACUUGUUGAAGGCUUUGUAGAUGGGCCAUUAGAUGUUUGUUUAUGCAUAUCAUGGGAAUCGACGCUUUACAACAAAUGGUGGCCCCAGACUAGAAUUCCUACAUUCAAGAUUCUCGCUUCUGAUUGUUUACAAAGGGUCCGAAUUGGUGAACAGAUAUCUUUAGUGAGGAUGAAGGUUUCCUGGCCAUUGUCAACAAGGGAGGCUGUAGUACACUUCUUUGAGUUUGAAUACUUUCAAGAUGAUCUGGUUGUUGUGCUUCUGAAAUCGAUCUCUGACUUGGAAAGCGUUGACAGAAGUACUCAUGGGUUCACAAAAGAUGGAAUACCUGAUGUACAGGAUGUGGUAAGGAUUGAUGUGGUGGGCGGAUUUGCCAUGCAGAAGGUUAAUGCAGGCAGAAGCUACUUCAGGACAAUAGCGAACCUGGAUAUAAAGCUUGAUUUUGUGCCUCCAUCGUUUAUUAAUUUCGUUUCAAGGCAGCUGCUAGGCAGUGGUUUCAGGCUCUAUAAGAAGGAGGUCGCAUCUGCUUCUGAAGGCAACGAAGAUUUUGGCAAGGUAUUAAGAGGUGCACUGUAUAGUCGAAUUCGCAAAGCUCUUUAUCCUGAUAGAAACCAGAACAUGUCCAUAAAUCCAGAAAAUUGUGAUAAGGAAUCAUGUCUUCUCCCUCCAGAACAUGCAAUCAAACCUGUACCGGUGGCGGGGGGGAACACGGAUACGAAUGCUUUCAGUGGUGAAGAAUCACGUCUUCUCGCUCCAGAACAUGCAAUCAAACCUGUACUGGUGGCGGGGGGGAACACGGAUAUGAAUGCUUUCAGUGGUGAAGAAUCACGUCUUCUCGCUCCAGAACAUGCAAUCAAACCUGUACUGGUGGCGGGGGGAAACACCGAUACGAGGGCUUUCAGUGGUGACUAUGCACCUGAAUCAUUUCCAGAGGAUCAGGAUAAUGUAGGUUCAGAUUAUAAAGCUUGUACUGAAAUUGAGGAGAUAGAGGAAGUAGAGCUUGAAAACAGUCAACGCUUGGAACAGCACCAUAAGGAAAUCUAUGCACCAACAAAGAGUGAAAGUUCGGAAAGUUGUGUGCAGUAUACAAAGAAAGGUGAUAUCAGUGCUGAGGUGAAACAUGCUCUGGAAACACUAGAGAAGGUAAUUUUCUUUAUUCGAGAAUAUGGACUUGCUCCCCGAACAAGGUCUCUGCUGGGGUUAGGGAAGGAUGAACUCAUGGAUUCUGGGGGAAGUGCUGUAUUAAAAUAUGCAAAACCUUCAGAAGUCACUCAAAUUUCUAAAACUAGUGGGGUGGUUAGCGAUAAAGUAUCAGAAAAUAAAACGGCGAAUGGGAACCAAAGUGAACCAUGGAACAGCUCUACCAGUAUCAGCUCCAGGCAUGCAGGUUCAAAUUCUUACUCAAGGGAGGCCAACCACAACAAGAUAGUACCUGCAUCACCAGAAGAAGAUAUCCCCCGUGUAAGUGAGAUACAACAGACUGCUUUUCCUCCCUCCAAUAACGAGCUAACAAACGAACCAACUUCUGAUGGAGGUACACAUGGAAAUAAGCCGGUAAAUGCAGAUGAUAACAGAAAUUGCAUAAGUAGUAAAACCAAAGGGAAGAAUAAAAAGACGACGUUCUGUUGCUUGCAUUUCAUUGCUGGCUAGUUGAUGUCCUGAUAAGAGUAUGACAUCUUGAGCUGGCAGAAAAGGCAAUCUCUCUAGCCGGCAUGGGAGAAAGCACCUGACAGCGACUGUGAUUGCAUUUACACGGACUUUGAUCGAAUGGUCAGGUUGCUGACGGUAGAUGCGUGAGAUACUAUACAAGAGGAAAAAAGUUAGUAGCAUAAAGUAAAUUGAGAAUAUUCAACUAAUUGAUAUAAUGUUAAAAGUUGAUCUUGGUCGUUUUGACAAUCUCUUAAAGAUUUGUACGUUGGCAAUAAUGGAUCAUAGAGCUCUUCCCAUUCCGUCUUUGUCCACGAUGCCCCCAAUUAAGACAAGGCUGCUUUUCUUCUUAA